GAUCCUGAGAACCCACUGCUAUCUAAGAAUGGGGAUAUUAUACUGGGGGGGAUGUUCUCUUUUCACACAAGCUGGAAAGUGAGAAAGGAUUCCUACCUCAACCAACCUCUGCCACUACAAUGUAUCAGUUUAAAUUUCAGAGAUUUGCAGUUUGCCCAGGCUAUGCUUUUUGCAAUUGAGGAGAUUAAUAACAGUACAGACCUACUGCCAGGAAUCUCUCUGGGUUAUAAAAUAUAUGAUAAUUGUGGAUCUGUUGCCAGAAGCGCAGGAGUUACACUAGCUUUGGCUAAUGGUAAUGAAAUUGUGUCCAUACCCUCCAAGACAUCAUGUACCAGACCUGCAUAUGUGCAGGCCAUAAUAGGAGCGACUUCUUCUCCUACAGCCAUUGCAGUUGCUGCUGUCAUUGGAUCUUUUUUUGUACCAGUGAUCAGCCACUUUGCCACAUGUGCUUGUCUCAGUGACAAAACUAAGUACCCAUCCUUCCUCAGAACAAUACCCAGUGACUACUACCAGAGCAGAGCCCUGGCCCAUUUGGUCAAGUAUUUUGGAUGGACUUGGGUUGGAGCUAUCAGAUCCAAUAAUGAUUAUGGAAAUAAUGGCAUGGCCACCUUCACAAAAACUGCACAGCAGCUGGGCAUCUGUCUGGAGUAUUCUGUAUCUUUCUUUAGAACAGAUCCAUCUGACAAAAUACAAAAGAUAAUUGGCAUUAUAAAGGCUUCAACCUCCAAGGUGAUUGUUGCAUUCCUUUCCCGUGCAGAUUUGAAUGUGCUUCUACAUGAGUUCUUGUACCAUAACUUGUCUGGGUAUCAGUGGAUAGGCAGUGAGUCUUGGAUAUUUGAUUCACAAACAGCAGAAAUGGACAUACAUCACAUACUAGAUGGUUCCAUUGGUCUUUCCAUUCCCAAAGCACAUGUCACUGGCCUGAGAGAGUUCAUACUGGAUGAGAAGCCACUGAAUUCAUCAAAUAAUGGGCUGUUUACUGAGUUCUGGGAGGCAUUAUUUAACUGUAAAUUUAGGCAGUCAAUGUCAUCAGCAAACACUCAAAGAGAGUGUACUGGACAAGAAGAUGUGACUGGAGUUCAAAAUAGCUUCAUUGACAUGUCUCUCAUGCCUAUCUUUAACAAUGUCUACAAAGGAGUGUAUGCAGUGGCCCAUGCACUUCACAAUAUCCUCAGUUGUAAUAAAACAUGUAACAAAACUGUGCAGCUAGAUCCAUUUAUGAUUUUACAACAGAUACAAAAGAGUCACUUCACAACAAAGGAAGGAGAUGAGGUUUACUUUAAUGAGAAUGGAGAUCCAGCAGCAAAGUAUGAAAUUAUAAACUGGCAGCCAAGAGAAAAUGGUAUUGUAGAAUUUGUUACAGUUGGUCUUUAUAAUCCAUCAAUAGUUCCAGAAAAACAGCUAAAUCUGCAAAACAAGUCUUUAAUUUGGGCAAGAAACUCAAAGCAGUGUCAGACAGAGGCUGCCCAUAGAGACCGCUGCAACCAGCUGGCGAGUUUGGAAACUGUGGUCACCCUAGCUGAGGAUCAUCUGGCUGCAUGGAGGCAAGCAGAGGAGGGCCGCAGCCAGCCGGUCAGCAGGCCAUGCCCCAUCGAACAAAGAGGAACAAGAGCUAAUCACAUCUGUAUUAUCAUCUCCAACACCCUGGAGGCCAAUGGGGAGAGUUUAGAUGCUCUCCAAGAUUUCAUUGAUCGGUGCUUCCAGGACAUAGUGAUGAAGAAGGUCCAGAUUGCAUCUUCCUCGACCAAAAUUGAGACGCCGUCAUCGUAA